GAUUAAUCGCAGUCUACGUUUUCUUCAGAUGUUGAGCUUUGGUGCAGUAAAGAAGGCGAACGCCCAAGAAAGCUUUUUUAAUUGGAGAAAGCAACAAGUGCGCAGCAGUACUCGCAAGAAAACAAGAUGAUAACUACAUAUGCACCCGAUAGUGGGUCCGGAUGGUUCAGCGGAAAAGUGCUACUCGGUGUGGGCGUUGGACUUGUCGUCGCGGGAGGUGCGAGCUAUUUGAUCUAUCAUCGCCUUAAGCGUGAUGUCGUUCCAGAAAAAUGGCGUCGAGUGGGCAUUCUGGAAGAGAUAAACCUCUUUCCGGUCAAGUCGUGUGCUCCGCUUAAACUAAAAGACGGCGACGUGUUGUCGUGCGAUUUGCUUGGUUUGACCCUUCAAGGAAUUCGUGAUCGUGCUCUAAUGUUAGUUAAUGAUAACAACGAAAUGAUAACAGCUCGUGGAUAUCCGAAAAUGCUGCUCAUACAACCCCAAGUGCUGUCAAGCACUGGUCUGGUGUUUAAGGCGCCUGGCACUCCAGAUCUCGAACUAAACUUCGAGACGCUGGCGAGUGAAUCGCCAGGGCAGGAUGUUCACACUGCCGUGUGGGGCGUCAAGUUGGAUGCCAUGUUGUGUGGAGCACGAUUUGAUAAGUGGUUCUCUCAAUUCAUACUGGGGCAGGAUACCGGCCUGAAAUUGGUGUAUUAUCCCUACCCUAGCCCGGUGCGGGCAACCAAUCCACGACUGAAGGAUCAACCGUACAUCAAGCAGGAAGAUUCAGGUACCUUCGGUGAUGCAACUAGUUAUAUGAUCAUGAAUCUUUCGUCUAUCGCUGAUCUAAAUAAGCGACUGAAACGUCCUGUUUCACCGCUACAAUUCCGGGGAAACUUUGAAUUGAAAAUGGACAAUGACGAGCCGUACGCUGAGGAUAACUGGCAGUGGGUGCGCAUUGGCGAUGUUGUGUUUCGUGUUGUCGCACCUUGUACGCGCUGCAUAUUACCGAACAUAAAUGUCCACACAGCCGAACGAGAUGUUGAUGGCGAGCCUCUGAAAACUUUGCGCAGCUAUCGCCUGUUUAACUAUGCAUCACCGGCACUUGGAAGCCAUCUGGGUUUGCGGGUACCGGGUAAUAUCAAAGUUAACGAUAUCAUCUAUGUUGAGAGCAAGUGAAUUUUCAGCUUUGUUGCAAAUAAAAAAUGUACUGAUUAACAACUUUGAACGCAA